ACAACUUCCACUUCCUGCUUCAGAGCCUGUUCUACGGCUUACCUGGGCCUGGAGAGGGAGGAGGGAGGCGGGAGCCACCCAAGGUGCAGUGUGAGAAGGAGAGAGCACGACCACCCUGUCGGCCGGUCUGUCUGUCCUUGGUGGUGCUAAGAAACUAGAAUGAACCGAAGCAUUCCUGUGGAGGUUGAUGAAUCAGAACCAUACCCAAGUCAGUUACUGAAACCAAGCCCAGACUAUUCCCUGGAAGAGGGAUCAGAACCACCUGCUCCAAAUCUAAGGAACAUGGCUCCCAACAGCUUGUCUGUGCCCAGAACCCCUCACUGUUCCUCAGGAGAAUUUUCUCAGGCUCAGCCACCCCUGAAACUUUCAAAUCACCUACGGCCUGUGUCCCAGCAGGUCACCUGCCUGCGCACUAAAAUCCUGGAGGAGAGCGAAGACAGCUUCUGGAGGAGACACCCAGACCCGGGCAAAGAUUUUCCCUUGGGAUCCUCCGCAGCCAGCAAGCAUGAGCCUGAGUCUGUGGUUGGAGGCCUCCCUCCCGAGCAUCAGUUUUCAUUUAUGGAAAAACGGAAUCAAUGGCUAGGAUCUCAGCUUUCAGCAGCUUCUCCUGACACUGGCCAUGACUCAAACAAAUCAGACCAAAGUUUACCUAAUGCCUCAGCAGACUCCUCGGGCAGUAGCCAAGAGACGGUGCAACAGCCCCGGCCCCACAGGAACCGAGCAGCUCCAGAUCUGCCUACUGUAGACACGGGGUAUGAUUCCCAGCCCCAGGAUGUCCUGGGCAUCAGGCAACUGGAAAGGCCCCUGCCCCUCACCUCUGUGUGUUACCCCCAGGACCUCCCCAGACCACUCAGGUCCAGGGAGUUCCCUCAGUUUGAACCUCAGAGGUACCCAGCGUGUGCACAGAUGCUGCCUCCCAACCCUCCCCCACAUGCUCAGUGGAACUGUCAUUACCAUUGUGCUGGAGGCCCCUAUCACCAGGUGCCAUGUGGCCACGACCACCCUCGAGCAGCCUACCAGCAAGUGGUCCAGCCAGCUGUGUGCGGGCAGCCCGUCCCUGGAGCCAGCGUGAGGGGCCCGCACCCUGUGCAAAAGGUUGUCCUGAACUACCCCAGCCCCUGGAACCAAGACCAGAGGCCCGCACAAAGAGACUACUCCUCCCCAGGGCUCCAGAGGGACCAACAGUAUAACCAGCCACCUCAUCGAGCUGGAGUUCCUGAGGAGUCCUUGGAGUGUCCUGCAGAGUUGAGAGCCCUAGGUCCCCAGGCUCCAUCCCCAGCUGCUGUCCCUAGACCCCUUAGUAACCUUCCAGCCAGAGGGACUCUGAAAACAAGCAAUUUGCCAGAAGAGUUACGGAAAGUCUUUAUCACCUAUUCUAUGGACACAGCCAUGGAGGUGGUGAAAUUCGUGAACUUCUUGUUGGUAAAUGGCUUCCAAACUGCAAUUGACAUAUUUGAGGAUAGAAUCCGAGGCAUUGAUAUCAUUAAGUGGAUGGAACGCUACCUUAGAGAUAAGACAGUGAUGAUAAUUGUAGCAAUCAGCCCCAAAUACAAACAGGACGUGGAAGGUGCUGAGUCGCAUCUGGACGAGGAUGAGCAUGGCUUACAUACUAAGUACAUUCAUCGAAUGAUGCAGAUUGAGUUCAUAAAACAAGGAAGUAUGAAUUUCAGAUUCAUUCCUGUGCUCUUCCCGAAUGCUAAGAAGGAGCACGUGCCCACCUGGCUUCAGAACACUCACGUCUACAGCUGGCCCAAGAAUAAGAAAAACAUCCUGCUGCGGCUGCUCAGGGAAGAAGAGUACAUAGCCCCUCCCCGGGGGCCCCUGCCCACGCUUCAGGUGGUGCCCCUGUGACACCCUCGGUCCCCAGAGCCCUGGGCUCAUGCCGUGUGUGUGUGUGUGUGUGUGUGUGUGUGUGUGUGUGUGUGUGUUUGGGGGGCGGAUCCUGUUCCCACAAGACUCUUCCAGCAGAGGCCAUCUGUUCGCAGUCCCUCUCAGAGGGUUCCCCCCACCCCGGAAGGCCUGUCCUGCAGACGACUUCUGCGGAGACCUCCACAGACCCUGCCUUUCCAAAAGAGGCUGUGGCUGUUCUGUAUUCCCUCCUUCUGAUGCCCCCAGCACGUUGCUCCUCACAGUCUGAUGCCUCUCCCUGCUUAGCCAGUAGAUAGAGAAAUGAUGUCACAGUGAACGACCACAAACCCCCUCCCGUUGCUUAAAGCUACUUUUAUGAGUUAGCCAGAUGCUCGCGUGUCCUCGGACCAACCUGAUUCGUGUACAAAUAAUAAAAUGUUUACUCUUUU